AUGACGACCUUCACAAAAAUCGACGAUGACUUGAUUCCCACCAUUUCCGUGAACGCUACGGCGCAAUUGUCCAAAAUCAAUCCAAACAUCUAUGCUGGCUUUACGGAACACAUGGGCAGAUGCAUCUACGGAGGCAUCUACGAUCCGGGAAACUCUUUGUCGGACGAGAAUGGAUUUCGAAAGGAUGUGUUGGAGGCCUUGAAGGAAUUGAAUAUCCCUACAGUGCGUUAUCCUGGUGGCAAUUUUGUUGCUACCUACCACUGGCUGGAUGGCGUGGGUCCAAAAGAACAACGACCGGCAAGACCGGAGUUGGCCUGGCUAGGAACCGAGACGAACCACUUUGGUACCGAUGAAUUUUUGAAAUGGUGUGAGGUGAUAGGAACAGAGCCAUACUUUUGCUUGAAUUUUGGAACGGGUACCCUUGAUGAAGCUAUGGCUUGGGUUGAAUAUUGUAACGGCACCGGAAACACCUAUUACGCCAAUCUGCGAAGGAAGAAUGGCCGGGAAGAGCCCUACAAUGUCAGAUAUUGGGCAUUAGGAAACGAGGUCUAUGGACCGUGGCAAGUUGAACAAACUACUAAGGAAGCCUAUGCCCAUAAAGCGUUCCAAUGGGCUAAAGCUCUCAAACUCCUUGACCCAAACUUAAUCUUGAUCCUUUGCGGUGAAUCCGGCACAUCAUCAUGGGACUAUUACACACUGAAGCAAUGCCUCAAGCCUACUAAAGUUACACUGACAAGUAACCCUACUCCGCUGAUUGAUAUGCACAGCAUACAUAUGUACACAGCCUCCAAGGAUCACUUGCAAAACGCAACUGCGCCUCUGGCAGCUGAGCGCGCGAUCGAAAUAGCUUCUUCACUAAUAGAUCUCGCUCGGAUAGAGAAUGGUGUUGGCCCUGAUGAGCCACGUCCAACUCUCUGCUUUGAUGAGUGGAAUGUGUGGGACCCUAUGCGAGCAGAGGGUAGAUUUGGCGCGGAGGAGACAUACACCUUGUCCGACGCGUUGGCUGUUGGUGUCUUCCUCAACGUGUUUGUCCGUAAGAGCCGGGAUCUCGGCAUGGCAUGCAUCGCCCAGAGUGUCAAUGUCAUUUCGCCCCUUAUGACAUCCCCAACAGGCAUUACUAAACAGACUACUUGGUGGCCAUUGCUACUAUUCUCAAAAUACAUGCGUGGCUGGACCAUUGCGGCUCACGUUGCUUGUGGAUCUUACAAUGGAGACACCUCACCUACAUGGCUACGGAGUGUUAAAGACACACCUUGGUUGGAUGUCAGCGCUGUAUUGAGUGAUGAUGGCUUCGUCAAUUUGGUCACUAUCAAUGUACAUGAGCAGAAAGACUUUGAAGUGAAAGUCGAAGGGGUCAAGGGCCCUGUUGAAGUCUUUACUGUCACUGGGGCUAAUGUUACGGUCACUAAUAUGAAGGGUAAGGAGGAGGUUUUUGUUAAGGAGACUACUUGGGAUGGACAAGGUCAUUAUGUGUUCCCCAAGCACUCGUUGAUCCUGAUGCGCUGGAAAGCUUGA